GGAAGAGGGAAGUCCUGCCUUCCUUCAGACAGACUGAAACUAGUUUUAGGCCACUUUUAUUUUUAGCAACUUUACUUGAAUGCUGUAGUAAAACGUCCGCGGAGCAGAGCCGCGGCUCAGCCCACACAGCUGCAGGGAGCCGCGGGCCACGGACUGCGACAUGUCGGAGAGACCGGCGACCGCCUGGACGUGACUGGGAGAGGAGGAUGGAGGGAGAGAAAAAGACGGCCGAGGAGAUAGAGGAGGAGGAGAAACAGCUUCAUCAUCACAUCGCAGCAGCGUCCUCUGCAGACUACCAGGACCUUCCCAUCAUGCACUGGGAGGACCUGAGCCAGCGGAUAGCUGAGUUGGAGAAGCAGGAGCAGGAGAGGAGGGAAAGGGCAAAGAGGGGGCCGGGGCUGAGGAUGGAGGCGGUGGGAAUGCGGCCAGACGUCUGGGAGGAAGAGGAUGAAGACUUCAGGAGGUGUCGAGCGGCUGUUGUCACGUCACGAGUUUACAACCACAGAAACCUGCAGCUGUGCUUCAUCAACAACAGUGACAGCGAAGACGAGGAGGAAGGAACCAACAAUAAGGUCAACACGGGAACACGGCACAACAGUUGCCACGCUGCCGGGCUGAAACAGGAAGUGGCCACCGCUCUGAGGGCGCUGAGAGACAAACUGCUGGCUGAACAGAAGGAGAAGGAGCAUCUGGCCAGCAGCAGCUGUGUCACCAAGCGGAAACAUCUGGAGCACCGGGAGCUGCAGGAGUGUUCGGUACAGCAGCUCAGCACCUUGAGAGCAGCACUUCAACAGGAUGUACACGCUCUGAGCUCCGAGCUGGUGACACACCUGCUGGUACGAGACCAGCUGAGGACAAAGCAGGAUGCCAUGCUGCUGGACGUCCAGGACUUGACCUAACCCCAGGACCAGAGACUGGACGCUCCAUGCAGACUCAGCCAAGCCGUUGAGUUUCCUCUACAUCAGCAUGGACAUUCUGUCACCCUGGGACCAGGCUGCUUGUCCACGUCAGCCCAGGAGUCCUUUACUUCAACCAAACGUUUGCCAACCUGCUAAUGUACUGAAACUGAUAAUUCACCAGCAUCCACAGCAACAGGAGAGAGAUUCAAGUGGAUGAAAAGCGAAUGGCAGGAUGAGUCCUCAAUGCAUGUCCAUAGGAAAGUUCAUGGAAAAGUUGGCAGGAAACUGCAAGUUGAUAUAAAUGUUAAGAAGGAACCACAAACAUACAGAAAUUCUCUGGUUUCUGGAUUGUUAGGAAGCCAGAUCCAUCCGCCAGCAUCUCCAGUCACCCGCCGGCCUACUGAGUGUUAACGUAGCUAGACGGCCACGUCUGAACAGCCAUUUAAUUUGUGUAGUGUUGGUGUUAUUGGGCUACAAAGCUGUGAUCUGUGGCUGUGAAUUCUGUGCAUUGUGUCUGGAAAUGAAGGCAGAGCGGGACAGGAAGUGGACCAGGUGACGGACCCCAGCGGACGGGGCUGCCUUCACUGCAUCAUGGGCAGAUGGCUGCGAUUCAACUAAUGGAUUUCGAUCCGUCUCUGAUAUGUAUUGGUUGCAUUUAACAUUUAGCCUUUUUGCUCACAUAGCUGCCUAAGACACACAGUUGAGUGUAAACCGGUUUAGUCGAGACGCACCGUCAAACCAUCACGGCCACGUUGAUUUCCAAAAGUGGACAGACGCCAAACAGAAGCGCAGUCGGCAGUAACACCCAGCCACGGUCCUGGUGGAGCAGACCGUCUCCGGGUUGUGCGUUAAUUGUAAAAGUAAGGACAUUUUAUCCAAAGUUUAUUUGUCGCUUAUUUAAUCAGAAAUAUUUAUUGUAACUGGGGCUAGACAAAACCGAGCAGUUCCGAUAAACUGCUGUUUUUUUAUUGGAUCGAUCCGAUAUCGAUUCUUAAAAACCUUAGCUUUGUGCCUUUUCUCAGUAAACAUCACAUCUGCACUAAAUGUGGGCGAUUAUCUGUCAGAAGUGGCUCAGUUCGAAGUGCAAGACGUGUAAAAGUCUGUAAACCCAUUAUAUGCAAAGGAGGGAUUCUAACUUAUUCAGGUUUUAUUGUGUUUAUUGCAUUCGCCUGUUUACAGCAAGGGAACCGUGCAGUCAAAUGAUUUUAUUGUUACACUCUCACUUUUCUUCAAAAACAAAAGGGGACUUUCACCAAAAUGUGUUUUGCUACCGUGAUACUGAAUCAAAUAACAAGAUAUUCAUGUUUCUGAGCAUUUAUUUUUCAUUUUAGUGCCAAACAGAUUUAAAUUUGUCAGACAGUCCUCAAAAAUAAAAACUGUACAAAGUACACGAUGUUGUGAUGACAUGAGCCAGCAUUUGUUUUAAAAGUUAAGAAGCACUUACACUGAGUUACCUUCAGUUAUUCUACAAUUUAUAAUAUUAAUUUGGAGUAAAGCUGAAACAGUUAGAUUAAGUAAUUAAUUGAAAACAUAACCAAGCAGCUAAAUUAAUAACAAUAAAUAUAAACUUCAUAGAAGGAGAGUUUUUGGUGGCAUUCCUCGUUAACUGAUGCUAUACCCAGUUCAUGAUUAUGAUUGUGAGAAACAAGCGAGUCGCCCUAAUAUAACCACAUGCACUGGACGUGAUGAUGCGCAUUACAUUUUGAUUUGUCUUUCUAACUCUGCGUUUAUGUCGCCACAAAGUCGUGACCUUAAACAUGACCUGGUUUAAAGCUGAACAUUUGAGGCAGUUUUCAUCUGGCCAACAUUUACUCUUGGUUUAACACACCAGCCGCUGACAUUUAGAUGCAAGUACCAGCGCCAGCAGCGCCCCCUAGUGCCUCACUGAGUAAACAGGUUGAUUGAUAAUGAUUACAUUCACAUUCCUCGAUCUGUGGUAAGAAGAUGAAAGAUAACGGAGGACACACUGGCUUUACUUUUUAUCUGCAUAUAAAUUUAAAGUGACAUGUGUGUGUUAUGUUUGAGACGGUGAGGGACAGUCCAACGGGUAAUACGUCGUCAUAACAUUAGAUAAUAAAGAUUGUUCUUAUGUCACUGUGACUUUAAAAGUAUUGAGACAUAUUUUAAAAGUGAACAUUGAGUGUACUUGUAAAUGUCAACAUUAAUUCUGAAAUAUAUUCUGAGGCAAAGCGA